AUGUGGGUGGUGGAGAAGAUCCGUGUGUCAGUGGAGAGAACCAACCUGCCCCUCCCAACAACAGAGUACAGCUUUAAAGUUGCUGAUAUCAUGUUUGGAGAAAAAGCUGACAAACCCAAAAGGAAUUCUCUGUGUCGUAAUGUCAUCACUCCUGACAACAUCCCGGAGUUCUGCAUCCCUCCAACAAUCCCAUCCAUACAGGAGCUGAAGAGCACAGAGCUUGGCCGAGCCGCCCCCAUUAUCAGGGUGUCCCCCUGUGAGAAGGGAAGCCCUGAAAGUGAAACGUCGUGGCACGAGUCCUUCAAACCUCACAUUAUUGAGGUGGAGAGUGUGGAUGAGAGCCCCUAUGACAAUGGCUGCAGUGAUGAGGAAACCACCAAUGCUGACCCCCAGAGCCAGGCUGCCCUGUCCCUUCCACAUAUGGCCAAAGCACAGACUUGCUAUGGCUUUUGCACCUUGCUGGAAAGUCCUCACACCAGGAGGAAGGAGUCUCUCUUCCACUCUGAACCUGGUUCCUUUCCCCUGCUGGUGCCCAGGAGUCGAUCCAGCACAUGCUCCAAAAUCUCCCCGUCCACCACACCCUCAUCCUCCCCUUCCUCUUUCAGCCUUAGCACCCUAACCUCCAGGCUGUCUCCAAGAGGCUUCACCCUGAACAGGCAGGGCACACUGGACAGUGAUACCACUUCCUCUACUGAAUCGUCUCCUUUCAGUUCACCGCUGCUGACCAGAUGCCCUGCCAAGUCUUCCCUCUUUAAAGCACUGAGCCAUGAACGCCUGUUGUCUAGGAACAUGAGGAAGGCAAUGGUGUCCAGGAACAACUCCCUGUCCACAGAUGAGGGUAGCUCCACUGACAAUAGCCCCAGUGUCAUGAGAAGGGCGUCAGAGGGGUUGGUGGAGGGCCUACCCUCUAGCUAUAGCCUGGCACCCCCCACAUUCUUCCCCAUGGACCUGACCCUGCACAGAGAGAGGGUGAUGAAGGAGAGCAUGGUACCCAUAGGCAAAGAUGGCAGCCUGCGACUCUCAGCAGAGUACUGUCCUGAUAACCAAAGACUACGUGUUCGGUUGAUCAGUGCUGAGGGGCUCUAUGCUCUCUCUGUAGACCCCAAGAUUAUCAACUGCAGCGUCAGCAUCUCUCUGGUUCCUGGAAAAGUCCAGAAGCAACGCAGCACAGUCAUCAGGAAGAGCCGUAAUCCCAUUUUCAAUGAGGAUUUCUUUUUUGAUGGUAUCUCAGAGGAAGACCUCUGUCAGCGGUCCCUUCGCUUUAAAGUGGUUAACAAAAUGUCCACCAUGAAAAGAGACUAUCUCCUGGGUGACUGUGAUUUGCCUCUUUCCAGCAUUGUAACCCUAUAA